GUUGGGGUGUGACUGCCAUAUCACUUCUGCCCGCUGAAAAUUACAAAGAAAAUGAAUACAUCAUUGCGAUCAGUCUGCAAAUUUCACUCGCAUCCGCAGCAAUCCAAUACCGUCAAGAACGGAUUGAAUUUUUUGAAUGAUAAGCAGCCGUAAGAACAGUUCUUCGGAGACUUCGUGCGUGGUUGGACUUCGAGCUCGUGCCAUGUUGAGACCAUGUUGAAGCCCUAACUGAAACUGAAUAGUACGUUUGUCGAGGAAUCUUCACAUGAUGCUGAUGGUUCGGCGAUACCUAGGCGCCUGCGUCUCGCUCAGCAGUGUUUCUCAGGCCAGUGCGGCUUUGAGUCAACAGAUGCAGACGCGAGUUCAACAUGGUUCUACUCGACUCGGGCGAGAAAGCACUAGUCACGUCGACGCCUCCAGGGUAUCACCAAAGUCACAGAGAAGAAAACGCGCUAAAACGAAAGAAGAUGAUGAUCGAGUGAUACUAGAUCUUCCGAAUGACGACGUUGAAGACGCAUCUGCAGGUCGACACGCUCAUGCAUCUUAAGGCUGUACCAACUUUGAUUCCUCGUAAAAAAACCAUCAAGCAGAUCGACCUCAGCAACUCUGUAGGAGAAGCCCGAGCCCUUCCAUCCACCUGAUUCUUCCCUUGAAUUCACUAUCCUCCAAGAUCUUGCAUGCAUUGACUGUGUGAGCUCCUCUAAUACACCGUCUCAUCUGGUGCAGACGCAAAUAGAUUAGCAGUAGGAGAAUCGUCGUCUUCGGUAUCAACUUCAACACACGACGACGAUAUAGAUAAUGUUGAGGAGGAUUCCAUGGAAGAAAAGGAGGAUGAGCUUGAUGCUGAUAUGACCAAAUACUUUCGUGCAGCAAAAGCGGCAAGCGCACUCGCUUCAAGAAGGCGCUCGAUUUUCAAGAAGAACGUAUAAUUAUAUACCUAACGAACAUGUCAUGAUGAUGAGUGUGAGUUAUUUUAUCCUCGUAGCCCAAAUUGGAACUCCUUAUUGAAUGUAAGAGAACUAGAACCAUCUGGGCUUCGACGUCCUCGACGAUAACGGGGUAAUUGUGCUUUCACCGAAGUGCACGAUCGUCUUCUACUUCCAACUUCACAUGAAAUUUACGUACUAUGUUUUCCCUCUUUGUUCAACAGCGCGCUAGGGCUAGCACAGAAGAGGAAGCUGAUGAAAUGUUAGAAGGCACAGUUGGCUUUUCCCAUGUGCGCUCACACGCGAAAUCGAAGAAGGAAAAGACAGUGACUAAUCCAAUGUAUGAAGACAGGACUCUUGUUUAGUCCAAUGGAUGCUGCAUGACUACUUUUGAGUAGACAUUUGAUUUUUUUUGAUUUUGUCGUCUUUGUUGUUGAUGAUCAUCAUACUCAUAACUUGUACAAGCACGAGAGGAAGUAACUACCAUUCACCUAGUACAUAACUUUCUUACUUGUCGAAAUCCCAUCCCGAUGUAUUUGCAAAUUCAUAAAGACCAUCUUAAGUAUUUUUGCUCCUUUUCAUCUAUAGAAGAACGUCUGCGGGACAACAGAUACUGGUUCGCAGAUUCUAACGGGCGCGGACGGAUGCUGCCCGUCCAGUGGCUGGAUGAGUGACGAGACCUGUCCAUGGCACUGUGUAUCCUUAUGGCGUAGAAGUUGGGCGUUGUAGUUGUACUUUCUACAUAGAGAUUAUUAAAGUAGAAUAUAAUAUGAGUAACUAACAGUAACUACUGUACUAGUUUUCGUUACCCGGACCACCAGCUUGUUGCUUUUGUUCUGUAAUAUGAACCUCGACGAUCACGCGAGCUUUCGCAUCUCUCUAAGAUGAGUGCAAAAAGCAGGUGGAAUUUGCAGUUGUAGUCAUUGUUGUGCCGAUCGCGCUAUCAUGAGCGACAACUGCGCAACUUUGGUUGGCUGCGCUUUCGUACUCAAUUUGUAUUUGUAGUUGAUGCUGUUUUUUAUCGUGAAGUUCGUUGAAGUUGAACAUUGAUGUUGGACUUGGAUGAAGCUUGAAUUUGGAGACGGUCACAGUGAGUCCGCGAGAAGUUUAUUAUAUUUAUUCGUCUCAUUAGAAGGGAAAAUGAGCGUGGAUCAAAAGCAAAUAACUUUGCUCUUCCCAUUUUCCUAAUCCUAAACAUACACAGGCCCUCGGUCGAGCGAACAACGAUACAGCCGGACUUUCUAUCGAGAGCAAAAACGCGAUAUCAGGGUGCCUCCAGUGCGUCGGCGGAGAAAAAUACUGCCACACCACGGCCUGUGAAGCCUCAUCCGACUAUCGGAUAAAAUUGAACAUGCGGAUUCCAUUAUGGUCGUUCUCUCACUCAGUCUCAUCUCGGAGCAUGUAGCUGUUCUACUUUUCUUAGCAGUUAUAGUUUGAGUACUUGUUGUACUAGCUGCGCAAAGGACACUCGUGGACGCUCACGCUCAGCAGGUUGUUCAUGGUCUUGUUCUGGUGUUACAACUUCCAUCUCGUCUUUCAUUUCCAUCUACGACUGACGGUGGUGUGUGGGGCGAAUACGAUGAGUGCGCACCGUUUAACGCGACGGCCAACUCGAACGCUUUUAGCAAGAAAUCUAGCAUCACAUCCGCUACACUUAUCCUCGCGACAUGGCUCUUGAUGUAUUUUGGAUGGACCUAGACAAACCAGUCUCCAAGAGACGACAUGAAGUCCUUUCUCCAAAUUACUGGUGUUUAAUAUUGGUGACACAUACGUUUACGUACUAGUAUUAUUGCUAAUUUCGACUAUGACUAACAGUAGAAGACUAACAUUAGAAGAAAUAAAUGAACAUGUCCAUAUAGAAAUCAAUAUUAGAAGCACUCACUCUUGGUACAGCAAGUUUUGAUAUCACCAACUCCGUCUUAGCUAACAUUUUUCAGAAAAGUAUGAUUAAGUAGACACGCAAAUAUAUUAAGGAAGAAGAACCGUGGUAAGGCUCAACAAUAACGAAAACUCCUUCAACAUUCGAUUCUCAAAGCCAACAAAAGAAACUAGCGAAUUUUCAAAGCUGCAAGUGUGAAGCAAGCGCAGCCGUUUUUCUAAGGUUAGUGAACUGGUUAUUCAAAGUGACUCGAAAAGUGAGAAGGUACUCUACUAAGUCUAACAUGAUGAUCAUGAUUCCGGUUCCGCUCUUUUUGUGCAUAGGUUAGUGAUAGUGUCAAAGUCGACCUUCACGGCUGUAUCUGUCUGUCGACGCACAUCUAAUGAUCGAUGAUAUCCUCCAUACAUUCAUUUUCAGCUAGAGCUAUGCGCAUAGCUAAACGUGUCUGGAGUGAAACGAUACGAUGGGAAAGUAAAUUUUUGUGCUGUAAUUGAAGCAUAAACUAUCAUACACGACAUGUGGAUUGAUGAGAUUGCCGCAAAGCAGAUUGUUUAAUUUUUGUGGAGCCAUGGCGUGUGUGAGUG